AGUAAAUAGGUCUGUUGGCUUGCUUGAUGACGUGUUCCAUAGGUUCUAGAAAAAUAAUGAAUGGGAAACUGAUGACUCCAUCAUAAAGAAGUAUAAUUUACAAUCACAAUAAUUCUCUAUCAUGGACAGGCCAAAGUAUGCCAAGUAUGCAAGGAAGGAGAUUCCUCGAAUCCCCAACAUUCCAAUCAAUGAAGAUGAGAUGACUCCAUUGAUGAAACGAACUGUAGAAUGCAGCAGGUUUCCGCCACUAUUCAAAGAUAAAUCUUGGACAAAAUCUGUACCAUUCAAGGAUCGAUUUGAAUACUUCCGUCCAAUAGAGUCGAUCGCAAGUGGUCUAACUCCAUCAGCCAACAUGCUCCGUAUUGUGGAUCUGCCUCCUCCCAAACGUAAGAAGAAGAAGCCAUCGGGUGUUCUAGAUGAACAUGGAAAUUUGCAAUAUCCUCCAAAAGAGCUCUUGGACCGUCUGGCAGCGAGAAAACCAGAAAAAACGGCUGCUGAAAAAUACAAACCCCAUGUUGUGAAUCUAAUGGAUUUAUUGACAGGUGAUUAUGCAAAGAAAAAUGUGGAGAAAGAGGAGAAAAUGAGGGAACGGAAGAGGCUCAGAGCUGAAAGAAAAAAGCAAAUUGAACAACUGGAACAGGAACAAAAAGAACGUCUGGAAAAAUGGCAAGCGAUCCUUCCGAUCCACCCGGAUGAUCAGUUGGCUAUUAUGAGAAGUAAGGUUGAAGAGGAACAGGUCAAUUCGUAUGUCAGUUCAGGCGAUGUCGAAAGAAUACAAUAUUAUCUUUUCAAUGGAAUUGAGGAGAGGAUGAUUGAACCUUUCAAUGAAAUGUGGCUAGAGAAGUCAUUGAAGAAAAUCAACCCAAAGUUAUUACUCAACAAGUCAUGUCUGAAUGCAUGCAUUGAAGAGCUGCACGAAUACUACUCGAAUAGUAUGCGGGUUGCCUUAUUGGAUUACAUAAUGCUAGAUCCAAAUGAAAGGAAAAGAUUGGGUAUUUAUACAUAUCCGAUCAAAUAUCCAGUUCUCAACAUCCGUUCACCCGUACCGUGGCAUCAGAGCAAAUCAACUUCAUCCAACCUCAUGAUUUAUAACUAUUAUUGUGGCACUCCUCUCGUGAUAGCUCUGAGCAGACUUUGGGAAAGGUACAAAAGCAACAAGAUUUUGUCAGUGGAAGGUUUGAUGGAAGCUGGGUUCCCACUCACAACUGAGGAAUUCGAAGAUGUGGUCGACGUUUUGUGUGCAGACGCAAGGAAUCUCCUUCUCAAUGAUUGGCUGAUCCAGUGUGGAGAAACGUUCUUGUCUUUGCGAUCAACAUGGAGCCAUCUUGUUGCUAAGGAGGAAGCAGGAUCGUCAAUGUUCCUUGUUGAGAGAUUAUUUGCAACUGUCAAUUCACUGCUCAGCCUCCAACUCCGAUCAUUUGUUAUCAGCUCUCUUGAACAUUUCAGAGACUUCAUAGUCUCUUACAAGAGUGGCAACUCUAUGCCAGACGGUUAUCAAGAUCUAAUGUUCACUAGAAAGUGUGUGCUGAAAUUGGGAGUGAAGCCAGUGGUCGGAACCAAAACUCUACUCAUUCAACCCUCACUGCAGGAGCUACGCGAGCAAAUGCUGAAGAUUAUUGAGAAAUUAAUCUUUGUCAAUGAGGAAGUACCAAAAAUAGAGCGAUACCUUUUCCCAGCAAUGAUCCUAGAUCAGCCGUAUUUGAUCAGUGUAAAAAUGGAAGAGAAGCAAGUGCAGGACUUGGUAGAAGAGAUUAUGGCUUGCUUUGAUACCAACAUACCAGGACCCGCGCAGUACCUCUCCACCUAUGACCCGUAUCUCUACAUUCUAUCCGGCGAUGCAAAGAAUGCUCUCGAUGAAUUCUUCAAAACGGAGCCUUUCCCCUAUUUGAAAGACUUCACAAAACGCAUAAUUAUGUAUGAAGAACUGAGAGAUGAAAUUGCUAUGCUACGUCGUAAUAUUCCAUUGAAUCUGAUAUCUUUGGACUGUUGUGAGCUGAAUGAUUGUCUUUGGUCGAUUGUCAACUCCAUCCGAUCGCAAAUUGUUGAUUACUUCAUCCUAGUGAACCGAACACAUAACAGAGGAAUAGCAACAACAUUCGAGGAGAUGGCAUCUCGUGUCAGUCAAUUGCCUGAAACAACCGUUGAGUUGGUUGAUCUAACAAAUUACAUCAAUGAAAGUCGAGACACUACGAUGUUCAAUCUGAAGACGCAGCUCAUCAUGUCAGCUGAAUACUUGAUGUUCUUGACAAAUCAUGCACUGCUAUCUGUUGAUGAUAUUGCAUUGAACAGUCGAGUAUUCCUGUGGCCGAAGGACAUGGAGCAGUGUUUAGAUUUGAGUACGAAGCGAAUCGCACAUAUUAGAGAGAUGGUUGAAACUGCACUUCGCAACAAGCGAGCCGAGUUCGAUAUUGUACUGCAAGAUCAUCAGAAAGACCUGGAUAUUCUGAAGAAGAAAGAUCCUCCAAUUUUGACGAUGGAGGAUAUGAAUGAUUGCGUCAAUACAGUUGAAGCUCUAACACAGUUACUUGCGAAAGAUAAGCAAGUAGCUGAUUCGAUCAACAUGGAAGAACAACUGCUGGACUUUGAUGUGUCUCCAUUUACCAAUCUGCAUAACAUGCUCAAUACUGUUGAACCUUAUGACAGGCUCUGGCACACUGUUCUCGAAUUUCAUCAGUCUUAUGACAAGUGGUAUUUCGGACCGUUCAAAGGACUGGAUGCCGAAGAGAUCAAAGAAACAGUGGACAACAUGUGGAAAAUUCUUUAUAAAUUGGCUAAAACUUUGUAUGAUGUUCCUGGAUCCAAACGUGUUGCUGAAAUGGUCAGAGCAAAAGUCGAGAAAUUCAAGCAAUAUGUUCCGAUCCUUCAAACGAUUUGUAAUCCAGGAAUCAGGGAGCGACACUGGCAGCAGAUAAGCGAUACUGUUGGAGUGAAAAUUAUGCCGACUGAUGCAUCGACUCUGUGUGAUAUGAUUGAUAUUGGUCUAACAAAGUACAUUACCAAGUUGGAAGAAAUUGGUGUGUCAGCUACUCGUGAAUAUGCUUUAGAGAAGAAUCUACACAAGAUGAAAUCCGAUUGGACUGAUGUUUGCUUUGAAUUGAGUCCUUACAGGGAAACUGGAGUCAGUAUUCUAACGGCAGUAGAUGAUAUCCAGGUGAUGUUAGAUGAUCACAUACUCAAAGCACAAACAAUGAGAGGCUCCCCAUAUGUGAAAGCAUUCGAGCAAGAAAUGCAAGAUUGGGAGGAAAAAUUGAUAUCGAUGCAAGAUAUUCUUGAUAGUUGGCUAUUGAUGCAAGCAACUUGGAUGUAUUUGGAACCAAUAUUUAGUUCUGAAGACAUAAUGCGUCAAAUGCCAGAAGAAGCAAGAAAUUUCCGUGCAGUCGACAAAGAUUGGAGAGAUAUCAUGGCAGCAGUACAACUUGAUACACACAUUCUCAAGGCAACUGACUAUCCUGGAAUGCUCAAUAUCUUACAGGUUUCAAACAAAGUUCUCGAAGAGAUACAAAAAAGUUUGAAUGAUUACCUUGAAAAGAAACGAUUAUAUUUCCCCAGAUUCUUUUUCCUUUCCAAUGACGAGUUGCUUGAAAUAUUGUCUGAAACAAAAGAUCCUAUGAGGGUGCAACCACACUUGAAAAAGUGCUUCGAAGGUAUUGCUAAACUUGAAUUCACCGAAGAUCAAGAAAUCGUCGGAAUGAUCUCUGCUGAAGGCGAAAUUGUUCCUUUGAGUGGAACAAUCAUACCAGCAGAUGCUAAGGGUUUGGUUGAAAAAUGGCUUCUGCAAGUUGAGGAGCUGAUGAUAGCAUCAAUACGCGAUGUAUGCUGGGGUGCUGUUGCUGCUUACAUGAACCUGCCGAGAACGCAGUGGGCGCUUGAUUGGCCUGGCAUGGUGAUAUUGUGUGCAAGCAGUGUUCAUUGGACAACCGAAGUCACAAGUGCAAUCGAACAGAAGGAAAUGAGUAAAUAUUUGAAAACAUGCAACUCGCAAAUCGAUGACAUGGUCAUAUUGGUUAGAGGAGAAUUGUCAGCUGGAGCCAGAGUAACUAUCUGCGCCCUCAUUGUUAUUGAUGUUCAUGCCAGAGAUGUUGUUAAAAGCUUGGAAGGGAUGAAUAUAACCUCGCCUGUUGACUUCAACUGGACCAGCCAAUUGAGAUAUUAUGCUAAGGAUAAUAGCAUUUUUGUAUCAAUGAUAACUACCACUCUAGAAUAUGGCUAUGAAUACCUUGGCAAUACGCCACGCCUUGUCAUAACUCCACUGACAGAUCGUUGCUACAGAACGCUGAUGGGAGCUUUGAAAUUGAACCUUGGAGGAGCACCUGAAGGACCAGCCGGAACAGGCAAAACGGAAACUUGUAAAGAUUUGGCAAAAGCUGUGGCCAAGCAAUGUGUCGUUUUUAACUGUUCUGAUGGUUUGGACUAUAAAGCUAUGGGGAAAUUUUUCAAGGGAUUGGCUCAAUCAGGUGCCUGGGCUUGUUUUGACGAAUUCAACCGAAUUGACUUGGAGGUGUUGUCGGUGAUUGCUCAGCAGGUGCAUAGCAUCCAAAUGGCCAUCGUUCAGAAGAAAGAGCGAUUCAUGUUUGAAGGAACCGAAAUAUCUUUGAACCCAACAUGCACAGUUUUCAUCACUAUGAAUCCUGGUUAUGCAGGUAGACAAGAACUUCCGGAUAACUUGAAAGUGCUGUUUAGAACCGUCGCAAUGAUGGUGCCUGAUUAUGCUAUGAUUGGUGAAAUCUCCUUGUACUCGAUGGGAUUUGUGGCUGCUCGAAGUCUGUCUACAAAAAUAGUCGAUACUUACAAGCUUUGUUCAGAGCAACUGUCUUCACAAAGCCAUUACGAUUACGGCAUGAGAGCUGUCAAAACCGUUCUAACUGCUGCAGGAAAUUUGAAGUUGAAAUACCCAGAGCAGGAUGAAGCAGUGCUUGUGCUCAGAGCCAUUGUUGAUGUCAACAUCCCGAAAUUCCUGGCUCAGGAUCUGCCUCUAUUCGUUGGAAUUUACAAGGAUCUAUUUCCGGGAGUUGAUUUGCCGAAACCUGAUAGAGAUGAGCUGAUUAGUAAACUAGAACAAUGUUUGAAGGCCAAAAAUCUGCAGCCAACAGAUUGGUAUUUGGAGAAAAUUAUCCAGAUCUACGAAAUGAUUCUAGUGAGGCAUGGAUUGAUGAUAGUUGGUGAAUCACUCGGAGGGAAAACAUGUGCCUAUCAAAACUUAGCACAAGCUUUGAGUGAGAUGUGCGGCGAUAAAAAACUGACGAUGAAAGAGUUCAAAGUACAAUACAGAAUCAUCAAUCCCAAGGCUAUAACUAUGGGCCAAUUAUAUGGACAAUUCGAUCCAGCCUCACAUGAGUGGUCCGAUGGUGUGCUUGCAAAUACUUUCAGAGAAUUUGCUUCAAGUAUAUUACCUGACAGAAAAUGGAUAAUGUUUGAUGGACCAGUGGAUGCUGUUUGGAUUGAAAACAUGAAUACUGUUCUCGAUGACAAUAAAAAAUUGUGCUUGAUGUCUGGAGAGAUAAUACAGAUGACAAAUAAAAUGAAUAUGAUAUUCGAGCCUGCAGACCUUGAGCAGGCUAGUCCUGCGACAGUUUCGAGAUGUGGAAUGAUAUAUUUGGAGCCGCACAUGUUGGGAUGGAAAGCCUUUCACGCUUCUUACCUCAACAUCCUUGAAAAGAAGAUCUCACAAGAGCAGCUGGAACUGCUGGACGAAAUUAUUCUGUGGCUGAUUCCAGCUUGCUUCGAGUUCAUACAUACUCAUUGCACAUUGUUCAUUGAAACUUCUGAGUUGCAUCUUUUCCAGAGUUUCACGAGGCUAUUUACGUGUAUGCUGGAAGGAGAGGGUGAAUCCCGUACCGGUGUGAGCACUAUCUGGCUGCAAUGUACAUUUUUCGUUGCUGUAUUGUGGGGUCUUGGCUCAACAAUGACAGGAGAUAGCAGGAAACGAUUUGAUGCUUUCUACAGAGCACUAUUGAAUGGAGAAAACAAAGAGAAGCCAAAACCAAGCAAAUUCAAACUAACCAAGCAUCAGUUGUUCCCCGAUCGAGGCACUGUUUGGGAUUGGAUGUUUACAAAGAAAAAUAAUGGAACAUGGGCUCUUUGGAUAGAUACUGUUGAGAAAGUGCCAAUUGCUCAGAAUGUCAAGAUUAGUGAACUAAUCAUCCAAACUGAUGAGACAGCCAGGCAGCAGUAUUUCCUUAAAACAUUCUUGGCUAUGAAUAUACCACUACUUUUUAUUGGGCCUACUGGCACUGGCAAAUCAGCUAUCGCUCUGAACCAUAUAGUGCAGCUACCCAAGGACAAGUUCAUGGCAAAUGUUAUUAACUUUUCUGCACGAACUUCAGCCAAUCAGACACAAGAAAUGAUAAUGUCUAAAUUGGACAGGCGACGCAAAGGUGUAUUUGGGCCUGCAAUGGGCAAGCAGUGUGUGAUGUUUGUGGAUGAUCUGAGCAUGCCUCAGAAGGAGGUUUAUGGCGCUCAGCCUCCCAUUGAGCUGCUCAGGCAGUGGAUAGACCAUCGUCACUGGUACGACCUCAAAACCACUGUCAGAUUGGAUCUUGUUGAUAUUUUAUUUGUUGGAGCGAUGAUCCCUCCUGGUGGAGGUUCAAAUAAUGUCACAUUCAGGUUCACUCGACACAUGAAUAUAAUUGCUAUAGAUUCAUUCGAUGAAGGAACUAUGACCAAGAUUUUCUCAACAAUCACCGAUUGGCAUUUCUCCAGGGGGUUUGAUGAAAAAAUCUCAAGAUACAGUAAGCCUAUUGUGAUGGCUACUCAUGAAGUUUAUGAGCAAGCUAGAGCAACGUUUCUACCAACUCCUGCCAAAUCACACUACACGUUUAAUCUGAGAGACUUUUCUCGUGUAAUACGUGGAAUAUUACUGGUUCCUAGCUCUCGGGUACCGGAUGCUGACAAAGUGUUCAGACUGUGGGUUCAUGAAACUUUCCGCGUUUUUUGUGACCGUUUGAUAGAGCAGCAAGACAGAGAACUUCUGUUUAAUAUUGUGAAGGACGCAUGCUACACGCAUAUAAGAACGCAUAUGGAAAAGUUCCUAGAUAAUAUAAUACCGGAAGGAGGUGGUGUUCUCAAUGUUGAGCACAUCCGCAAUCUAUUCUUUGGAAAUUAUAUGGAACCAGACGCUGAUCCUAAGAUCUAUGAUGAGGUGACUGAUGUGAAUGUGCUUGGCGAGCGAAUGCAGUACUAUUUGUCCGAGUACAACCAGCUGUCGCGCACGCCGAUGUCGCUAGUGAUGUUCAAGUUCUGCAUGGAGCAUGUGUCGCGCGUCAGUCGCGUGCUGCAGCAGGACAACGGCCACGCCCUGCUGGUGGGCAUCGGGGGCAGUGGCCGCCACAGUGUCACCAGGCUCGCCGCUUCCAUGUCUGACAUGGCACUCUAUCAGAUUGAAAUUGCCAAAAAUUAUGGUAUUGGAGAGUGGAGAGAUGAUUUGAAAGUACUUCUGAGACGUGCUGGAUGUGAAGGCAAACUCCAAGUUUUUCUAUUCAGUGACAGUCAAAUAAAAGACGAGGCAUUUGUUGAGGAUAUCAAUCUUAUAUUGAAUACAGGAGAUGUCCCAAAUUUGUAUGCUUCUGAUGAAAAAGCUGAUAUUCUUGAUAAAAUGAUGAAUUGUGCAAGAGAGACGAAUAGGAAAUUGGAUACCACUCCUUUGGCUCUUUAUAAUUUUUUCCUAGAAAGAGUCAGGAAUAAUCUUCACGUUUCAUUGGCAAUGUCACCAGUUGGAGAUCAAUUCCGUAAUCGCAUCAGAAUGUUUCCUUCUCUUAUCAACUGUUGUACUAUUGAUUGGUUUAUGGCAUGGCCAAAUGACGCCUUAGAAAAAGUUGCUCAAAGUUUUCUGAAAGAUAUGGAAAUCGAUGAAAUAUUACGUGAGAAAUCUGUAGAAAUGUGUAAAGAAUUUCACACAUCUGUCCAAGAAAGCUCUGCAAGGUACUAUAAAACGUUGAAGAGACAUAAUUACGUCACACCAACGUCGUAUUUAGAAUUGAUCAAGACGUUCAGAAAUCUUCAUCAGAAAAAGGUGGAUCAAAUAACCAAUCUGAGAAUGCGUUAUGAAGUAGGCUUGGAAAAGUUGGACUUCGCAGCAGGACAGGUUGCAGUUAUGCAAGAUGAACUGCACAGAUUACAACCACAAUUGGUGAAAACAUCUGAAGCUACUGAAAAGCUCAUGGUGAAAAUUGAACAGGACACUGUUAUUGUGGAAGCUAAAAAGGAGAUAGUGGGAGCAGACGAGGCGUUGGCGAAUGAGGCGGCAGCGGCCGCACAGGCCAUCAAGGAUGACUGCGAGAGUGACCUGGCAGAGGCGACCCCCGCCCUCGAGGCCGCCGUACAGGCACUUGACACACUCAAGCCGGCCGACAUCACCAUUGUCAAAUCUAUGAAGAAUCCACCCAACAUUGUCCGAUUGGUAUUGGAAGCAGUUUGUGUCAUGAAAGGCAUCAAAUCAGAGAGAAAGCCCGAUCCCAAAGGAUCAGGUAAAAUGAUGGAGGAUUUCUGGGGGCCGUCUCAAAAGCUUCUCGGUGAUCUCAAAUUCCUUGAUGGAUUAAAGAUGUACAAUAAGGAUAAUAUCGAUCCAGCAAUAAUGAAGAAAAUCAGAGAAAAGUACAUAAGAGACAGAGAUUUUGAUCCUUCAGUUGUCAAAAAAGUAUCGAAUGCUUGUGAAGGUCUAUGUAGGUGGGUGCGGGCCAUGGAGGUUUAUGACAGAGUAAUAAAAAUCGUCGCACCGAAAAAGGCAAAACUUGCCGAGGCGGAAGCAGAACUGAGUAUACAAAUGGACAAACUGAAUGAGAAGAGAGCUCAACUACAAGAGGUAACAGAUAAGUUGCAAGCUUUGAAUGACGAAUUUGCAGCAAAAACCAAGGAGAAGAAAGAACUGGAAGAUGCCAUCGACCUGUGCUCUCAGAAGCUGCAACGUGCUGAAAAGCUGAUUGGUGGUUUGGGAGGAGAGAAACAGAGAUGGGGCGAUCUGGCGCAUCAGUUAAAGGACACAUUGUACAAUGCAAUAGGCGAUGUGCUGUUGUCUGCCGGCGUUGUCGCCUACCUGGGAGCAUUCACCGUCGACUACAGAAGCCAACUCAUCACUCACUGGAACAAGAUCUGCUUUGAAGCGGGUAUUCCAUGCUCGGAAACAUUUUCCAUGAUCACUACUCUUGGGGACCCUGUGCAAAUUCGCAGCUGGUCCAUUGAUGGUCUUCCAGUGGACAAUUUCUCCAUCGAGAAUGGUAUUAUCGUGUUCAGUGGACGUCGAUGGCCUCUCAUGAUCGAUCCUCAGGGCCAGGCAAACAAGUGGGUCAAGAACAUGGAGAAAAAGAACAAACUCAGUGUCAUCAAACUCACUGACUCCAAUUACACACGUAUACUAGAAGUAGCGAUUGAACAAGGCUUGCCAGUAUUGCUUGAAAAUAUCAUGGAAGAAAUCGAUGCCAACUUGGAACCUUUGUUGGAUCUCAACAUAUUCAAACAAGGAAGCGUGGAGUAUUUGAAGUUUGGAGAGAAUCUUCUAGAAUUUAAUAGAAACUUCCGAUUCUAUAUCACAACCAGGUUGAGAAAUCCUCAUUAUCUGCCUGAAUUAGCUGUUAAAGUAUCCCUUCUCAAUUUUAUGAUUACACCUCAAGGACUACAAGAUCAACUACUGGGUAUACUUGUUGCAAAAGAAUGUCCGGAAUUGGAGGAUAAGAAGAAUAAACUGAUCCUGGAAGGAGCAAGCAACAAGAAGCAACUAAAAGAAAUAGAAGAUAAAAUUCUUGAGGUACUGUCGUCGUCAGAAGGUAAUAUUUUGGAAGAUGAGACCGCUAUUCAAAUACUCUCUUCUUCAAAAAUACUGUCUGAAGAAAUUCAAGCCAAACAAGAAGUAGCAGCUUCCACUGAAACAGAGAUCGAUCAUGCCAGAAAUUUGUAUGUGCCUGUUUCAAAACACUCGUCAGUGCUCUUUAUGUGCCUCAGAGAGCUGGCCAACAUAGACCCCAUGUAUCAGUACAGUCUCGGAUGGUUCAUCAAUCUUUACCACCAGAGCAUUGCCAGCAGCGAAAAGUCUGACAUUCUUGAGGAACGUCUGAAAAAUCUCAACAAUCAUUUCACCUACAGUAUCUACUCGAACGUUUGCAGGUCUUUAUUUGAGAGAGAUAAACUAGCUUUCUCUUUCAUACUCUGCAUUGGAAUUCAACAAUCGCGUAAAAAUAUUGAAGAUGAGCUAUUAUUGUUUCUUCUGACAGGGGGAGUCGCUUUGGACAACCCUUUCCCCAACCCUUGUUCUUCGUGGCUGAGUGACAAGUCGUGGAAUGAAGUGGUGCGCGCUAGUGAGCUAGCUGAAUUGAAAGAGUUGAGGGCCUCGAUAACAGAGAACGUUGACGAAUGGAAACAGUUUUAUGAUUCGGCCAGUCCUCACUUGUCGGAAAUGCCGAAACCCUUCCAGAAUGCAAAGGCCAUGGAGUGGCUGUGUAUCCUUCGCUGUUUGCGCCCUGAUAAACUUGUUCCCGCCACUCAGAUUUAUAUCACUGAGAGCCUUGGUCAGAUGUACAUUGAACCACCUCCAUUCAAUUUGAGAGAAUCGUAUGCUGAUUCCAACUGCACCACGCCACUUGUUUUUAUACUAUCGGCAGGUGCUGAUCCCAUGGCAAGUCUGCUCACAUUUGCUGAUGAAAUGAAAGUGAACCGAGCCAGUCUCAUGACCAUAUCACUAGGACAGGGACAGGGACCCAUUGCAGCUAACAUGAUCAAUCAAGGUAUCAAGACAGGUCAAUGGGUUGUUCUCCAGAACUGUCAUUUAGCAGAAAGUUGGAUGAAAGAGUUGGACAAGAUCUGUGAUGAAGUGAUUGUUGCUGGCAAUGCUCACAACAAUUUCCGAAUAUGGCUCACCAGCUAUCCGUCCAGAGCGUUUCCUGUCUCGAUUUUACAAAAUGGUGUGAAGAUGACCAAUGAACCUCCAAAAGGUCUUCGUUCGAAUUUGUACCGGUCUUACACUUCAGAUCCUAUUUGCGAUGCAGAGUUCUACAAUGGCUGCAAGCAGAAACCUGAAUGGAACAAGCUUCUAUUUUCAUUGUGUUUUUUCCAUGCCGUUGUCCAAGAAAGACGGAACUUUGGUCCGCUUGGCUGGAAUAUACCAUACGAAUUCAAUGAGUCUGAUUUGAGAAUCAGUGUUAUGCAGCUCCAGAUGUUCCUGAACGAGUAUGAAAACGUGCCUUAUGAUGCUCUUCUGUACCUCACUGGAGAGUGCAAUUAUGGAGGAAGAGUGACUGAUGAUAAAGACAGACGUCUCCUCAACUCAUUGCUGUCUACCUUCUAUAAUCCAGAUGUAAUUUCUGUCGAAAAAUAUACAUUCUCACAGAGUGGCACCUACUAUAUGCCGGAUGACACUGAUUAUUCAAGUUGUAUCGACUACAUCAAAUCACUUCCUCUUUAUUCGUUACCCGAAGUGUUCGGGCUUCAUGAAAAUGCAGAUAUUACAAAGGAUAAUAAGGAGACACAAUCGUUGCUGGAGAGCGUUCUCAUCACUCAGACGCAACACAUGGCAGGCGAGGGCGCAGGCGGCGAUGAUGAAAUGCUCAUUGAAAUUGCCAACGACAUCUCCUCCAAACUACCAGCUCUCUUUGAUAUUGAUGACAUAGCUGUCAAAUAUCCUGUACUGUAUGAACAGUCUAUGAAUACAGUCUUGAAACAGGAAACAAUAAGAUUCAACGGCUUAUUGGCAGUUGUUAGAAGAACGCUGGUGGACGUUGUGAAAGCAGUGAAAGGAUUAGUUGUGAUGUCUCGUGACCUGGAAGAAGUGUACAAUGCUAUGGUGAUUGGUCGGGUGCCAGCUACCUGGGCCAGCAAGUCAUACCCCUCACUCAAGUCGUUGGGAAGCUACAUCACCGAUCUCAUUACAAGGUUGAGAUUCUUGCAAGCUUGGAUUGAUGAUGGCAUUCCAGAUGUAUUUUGGAUUUCUGGUUUCUUUUUCACUCAAUCCUUUCUAACCGGUGUACUUCAAAACUACGCUCGCAAGCACAACAUAUCAAUAGACCAGCUAAGCUUCGAAUUCGAAGUGACCAAGUUCGAGAAUCAGGUCCCAGGCGAACCUGACUUUGGAGUAUUUUGCAAGGAUGUGCAGCUACAAUUUGAUUCUCUAGUGAAGCAAAAGCACCAGGAAGAGGAAUUUAGUGUCUUCAUAGAGGGACUAUUCCUGGAGGGUGCUCGAUGGGAUAGAGAACUCAGCAUACUCAAUGAAUCUCUACCAAAGAUUCUAUUCGAUACCAUACCAAUUAUAUGGUUCAAACCUGGUAAAAAGGCUGAUUUCAUUACAUCACCAUCGUACAUUUGUCCGAUUUACAAGACAAGCGCAAGGAGAGGCGUGCUAUCAACCACUGGACAUUCAACCAACUUCGUAAUGUUUCUUCUGAUUCCUUCGGACAAGCCUGAAAAACACUGGAUCAAUCGCGGAGUAGCAUCCUUAUGCCAACUCGAUGACUGAAAUACUAAAAACUAAACUAAAAUUAUAUAAUAAUUUUAUUUUUUUCUAUAAGAAUUACCCUACUUAUUUUUUAUAAUAGAUUUUACAAUCCAUAGAUUUUCGCGUGUUGCCAAAUUCAUGGUAAAUGUGUUUCACUACUAUAAACCUGAAAUUCUUUUGAAAUUUACUAUACUUCACUUUUUAUACUCCUUUUUUAAAGAAAUAAAAUCUGCUAUUUCCACUAUUCAUUUGUAAUUCCAUCGUUAAAGCUUUGAGUCUAUCAACUUAGAAUCUAAUACCGGAUUGAAAUGGUCAGGUAAGAGUAUAAAAUUAUCAGAUAACACUAAAGCAUAUAAUUUAAUUCAUCAGUUUUCAUAGCUUAUAGUUUUUCUUAAUAGGUUUUAAUAACGUCUGAUUGAAUAGUUAAUUAUUAUGAUUGGAACAAGUUGCAUAACUUAUUUAACUUUUACCUAUAACCUAUAUAACUUAAAGUCAUCCUUAGUUGAUGCAAGAUCAUUUUAUAUGCGUUCAUUCAGCUCAACUGAAAGGUUUUAAUAAGUGACUAUAAUAAAUUCAACAAAAGACAUUUUUGAUUAACUUAAUUCAAUGUUAAUAAUACAGUAAAUGAAGACAAAUUUUUACCGUACCCAUUUACUGUUUAAUAAGUGGAAAAAUUUUUGAAUAUAAAAUGUCCUAAAUGUUCUUCUCCAUUAGAAUCUAAGCGUAUUUUGAUUUCAAGCUCCCAAGUUUGACUAGUCAAAUUCUUAACCGAUCUCGUUGUUUUUGAGUUAUUAUUCCAGGGUUUAGUAUCAAUUAGUGUGGCUUGUUGCUUCAUAAACAACAUUGUAACACUGCAAGAGUUGCUGUGAAUGCUUUGUUUCCGGGCGGCGCCAUUUUCCAAAAA